AUGGACACGUACAAGCAGAACAAUCCAGGAGACCAGUCAGUAGUUAGCAAAAUGCAGAAGAAAUACUGGAAAACAAAACAAGUCCUAAUUAAAGCUACUGGAAAGAAAGAAGAUGAACAUGUGGUAGCAUCUGAUGCAGAGUUAGAUGCCAAACUAGAGGUUUUUCAUACCAUUCAGAUGACCUGCGCAGAUCUUCUAAAGACAAUUGAAAAAUACCAGCAAAGACUUAAUGCUGUUUCUGAGCAAGAGAAUGAGCUAGGGCUCUUCUUAAAGGUUCAAGCAGACCGAGGCGAAGUUCAGAUUGGCAGAAUGAUUGAUGCUACCGGCAAGGCCCUCUGCUCAUCUUCCCAGCAAAGGCUGGCUCUCUGCACCCCUUUGUCUCGCCUUGGAAAAGAACUUGCAACAUUUAGUCAGAGGGCUGUAUCUGACACCUUGCUAACAAUCAAUCAGAUGGAGCAGGCCCGCACAGAGUAUAGAGGGGCUUUACUGUGGAUGAAGGAUGCUUCCCAGGAAUUGGAUCCAGACACCCACAAGCAGAUGGAGAAGUUCAAAAAAGUAUAA